AUGUCUAAUGCCUUAGUGGUUUUCAUGAAUAUGGAAUUCAAAAUUGCUGUUAUCUUUUGUAUUAUAAUUUUUACUUCCUCCGUGACUUCUGUUAUUGUUAUUCUCGCCAAAAUUGAUGAAACGGUUACCCUUACCCCAUGUCCUAUUCCCGAAGUUGAGGAUGCUGUCCAUUCUCGACGUGAUUGGUAUCGAAACAAUGAUUUGAUCACCGAAUCUACAUCUGACAAGUUGAAAGUUUAUGAAUCCAAUGGUUCACUAAGUGUUAUCACCACUUUUGCCGAUAUCAACCACAUCUAUGGUUGUCAGGGCUUAGCUCUUCUUUCAAAUGGAACAGCAGUUCUUGGGGAAUCCCAGUCCUAUGUCAUCUCACUUAUUACGCCAGCCUUUCUAGAACAUGAACUUCAAAACAUUACCGUGUCUUACGGUGAAGAUUAUGAAAUUAACUGUAAAGCAGGAGGUAUAAAGUCUACACUUGAAAUCAGGGUUAAUGGUGGACUUUGGCCACAGAGGCAUAUUCCUAUCUUCAACGAUACUCUGGUUGAAUGCCGCGCCUUCAAUGCCUAUGCAGAAGAGAAUGCUUCUGCAUAUAUUAGGGUUCUUCGAGGCUCUAAAGAAAGAGCUGGUUUAAAUUUACUGAUUGACCGAUCAACUUGCCUACCAUUUCAAAUUCCCUCCCCAUGUUCUGAUAUUAUGGAAUCAGAAAAACCGGUAGACAGUGUCUACGCGAUUUCUACUUCCCGACUACUUAGAGCUGAUACUAUUCAUGAUUACCUGAAUUCGGCGUUUCAAAAGUGGGAUGACUUGGUGCCAAAGGAGUCACCACCAGACAGCGCUCGUAGACGAUGCCUUCAACAGGCGAAAAGGCUUGUCUGCCUCAUGGCUUUCCCUAGGUGUUUCACUACUGAGGCGUAUAUUGACGACUACAGAAAAUUUGAUGUAGAUCCGGAUAAUCACCUUCUAUCUGCUAGAGAAAUUCCUGUUUGCCAGUAA